CCGGCGGGUAGGAGAGAGAGGAAAGCGGGGCGGAAUCGCUUUGCUGCUAUGUCGGAAUUGGCUUUGGAGGAGGUCUCUGCCAUUGCCGCCAUUUUCUGUGGGAAGGAUGAAUGUGAAGUGCUGGAAGUGUCAGAGACAGAGGGAAUCUCAUUUAGGAUUCAGACCCAUGUGGAAGGACCUUUGGGCACAGAUGUAUUGUUAAAAUUGUUGUUUCAUUUACCAAUCAGUUACCCGGCAAGCCUGCCAAAUAUCUCUGUUAACUCUGAGCAGCUUACAAGGACACAAUGUGUGGGUGUGAGAGAGAGAUUACUCGAGGAAGCAAAGAGACAUUUUUCACAACCCAUGGUACACGAACUGAUUCUUUGGAUACAGCAAAAUCUUAAGCAUGCUGUCGAGCACGCUGGAGCCACCUCAGUCUGCUGCGCUGGGAGAAGUACUCUAUCAACAGGCGCAGCUGAAGAUGAUGGCAUUUGGACCAUCCUUUUGCAUUUAGAUCAUAUGAGAGCGAAGGGAAAAUAUGUCAAAACGGUGGAAAAAUGGUGCACAGAUCUAAAACUGACUGGAAGACUGAUGUUCAUGGGCAAGAUGAUUCUUCUUCUUCUUCAAGGAGACAGAAGGAGUAUUAAGGAAUAUCUUAUCCUUCAAAAAACUACUAAGGUAGACGUGGAUUCAAGCGGAAAGAAGUGCAAAGAGAAAAUGAUUAGCGUGCUCUCUGAAACAAAAGCACAGGCAGAACACAGAAGGUUUCAGGCAUUUGAAGUCAAGGAGUAUUCAACGCUGGAUGAGCUACAAAAUGAAUUUGUGGCAGCGGGACUUGAAGAACUGUUCAGUGAGUUUGUGUUGUCUCGGUUAAAGUAAUUUUGAAGCAAACGCAUAUGGCUGUGACUAAAACUGUCAUUGAACGUAUCGAAUGGAUGCUGAGAGAAGAUAAAAUGAAAGGUUUUGGUGGCAAACAGCUCCCAAAGCUUCUCUACAGCAAAAUGUCAGAAAAAGCCAUCUCCUUUGCAAGAAACAAAAGGCAGUUCUCCUCACACUCAGAAACAGAUGAUAUUUUUGACUGCGUGCUUUGACAACUUUUGCUGGGAACUGCUCAGUUUUUUUAACAAUUGAUAUUUAAGAACUGUAGGUCAGAUGUGAAGGAUGAUGGAGAAAUCGCUGUUUUCUUUGGGAUUUGGGUGGAAGUGUUAAAAUAGUUUCUUAUUCUCCUGUAAUUAAAUUAUAUUUUAAAGA